CUUUCCCGGCAUGAGCUCGACGUGAUCCACUAUUCUUUGGUUAGGUCUUUAACCUUAAAAAACCGAUCUGGAAAGAGUUUUCGGAUAUGGAGGAAGAAUUUGUAAAAGCUCCCUGGAUUCCUUGUUCUGGUGUACAUGCUUUGAAGUUCAUCAGUCAUGAAUCAGGCUAUAUAGCCAUCAUCACGGAUUUCAUCUCUUGCUAUGAAGAGAAGUUGAAUGCAGAAGAGACACAGCAAAGGUGUCAGGAACAAAACCCAAAUUUGGAGAUAGAGGGGAACCAGAUUGUGGAGGAACUAAAGACAAGCCUACAUUCCUGUCUGGACUCAAAGAUAGGCCUGUUCAUCAUUGUCUGCAAUGGAAAUGGAGAUCACAUUGAUGCUAAACUUAGCUCAUCAGUUUCUGGACUCCCCUUCUAUUGGGAAUUUUCUUUCUCAUCCUCACCUCCUGAAACUUUAGCGAGACAUGUCACUGGCCCGUUGUGCAGCAUGAUCCACCUGUUGCUUGGUGAACGUCAGCUGCUACUGCAGCAAAUCAAGAAUCAUGAGAGAGUUCUUGAAGAGUAUCAGGCAUCUGGCUUUCCCCCUCCACACAGUAUGCAUGGAAUUUCACUAAUGAGUACAGAUGAGCUAGAAAUGAAGAGGUCUCAGCUUCCAAGGAGCCUGGAGAGCGUAGAUGCCAAGGCGUUAUUUGGACAGCUGGAAAUAAGAGAGCUGUAUAAGAAACACCAAAUAACAUUUUCCUUUGCAAUGGAAAGCAUUUGCAAUGAUGAGAAGGGAGAAAGAGAAGCUGGAGUCAAUGAUACUGCAAAUCAUGAGAUUUCUCCAGUCAAGGCCAAAGCAGAGCCACCAGACAAAGAGGGGCAGCUGAAGAGGCGCAUGGAACUGGAGGAACAGCUUUCUGCAGAACGAGCUGCCAAGGAGAAGCAAAAGCGGUUGAAGAAGUUUAAUCUGUGACAUGG